AUGCCGACGACGACGAGCAAGACGAGAGCAGACGACGAAGAGAAGAGAAGAGAAGAGCAGAGCAGAGCAGAGCAGCAACAGAACGGGCAGAGAGAGAGAGAGUGGAGGGGGGGGAGGAGAGAAGGGGGAAGAGAGAGACGGAGAGCAGCAUGUUUGCAAAUUGCUGAGAACCGGAACCCGAACUCGAUCUUCGAGCUUAAAAAAAUGGACAGAGCACGGAAUCCAUCGCCACCGCCGCCGCCACCGACAGAGAGGGACAGCAACGAGCCCUCCACCGUAAUAAGGAACCGAAUUGAAUUGAGCGUCGUGAAAGAAACCCGAUCCGACGAAUGA